UGAACACUUCAAGAAUUCCAACAAACACAAUGAACACUUUUGUCGUCGUCGCUGUCCUCGCCGCUUUGGCCUCCGCUAACGCCGGUUUGAUCGCCGCCCCCUCUGCCAAAAUUAUCCAAGGGCCAAGCACCAGGACCACCGUCGUGGGUCCUGACGGUAGUGCCAUUUCUGCUGUUGCUCCUGGAGGCACCAUCGUUGCUGAAGAGCACCCUGCUGUCGUUGCCCACACUGCUCCUGUCGUCGCUGCCGCCCCUGUUGUGGCACAUGCUGCCUAUGCUGCCCCCGUUUUGGCCCACAGUGCUUACGCCGCCCCUGUUGUCGCUCACGGUUAUGCCGCACACAGUUAUGCCGCCCCCGUCGUUGCUGCUCACACCGCCUACGCCGCUCCAGCUGUAGCUUACGCCUCCCAUGGGGUUGUCGCCCAUAGCGCCGAUACCGUUGUUGCUGGACCUUCUGGUACCAUUGCUACCAGCAAAACUGUUGCCAGCCCAGCCGUUGUAGCUCAUGCUGCUCCUCUCGCUUACGGACAUCAUGGACUUUACAUUUAAAUUAUUUAUUGAAUUAUCUGCGUAGGAAAUUUUAAAGAAUAAUAAAAAAAUUAAAAAAA